CCGUCGUCUACAUCAUGACGUCAGCAUAAAAACAAACUUGCUAGCUCCUGUCAGCGCUGUCGUAACAGCUCAAUGGGAAAAGCAAAUAAAUUAAGAAUUGAAAUCGAAAGAUACUGGCACAUCAACCGCCUGUAUGUGAAAUUCAUUUGAGCAGUUGGUGAGAAGACAAAGAACAGACGGCCUGGUCAUUCUUUCACCUGACCGCUAGCCAGCCGGAGAGACGGGGAACAGGAUAGGGAAGCAGCGCGGAGCAGGCGCCGCGGAGCCACCGGAGAAGAUGGCAGGCAGCCCGGAGAAGAGUUCCACGGCACAGGAGCUGAAGGAACAGGGCAACCGACUGUUCCUCUGCCGCAAGUACCAGGAGGCUGCCACCUGCUACAGCAAAGCCAUUAACCGUAACCCGUUGGUGGCGGUGUACUACACCAACCGGGCUCUGUGCCACUUGAAACUGCAGCAGCACGACAAAGCCCUGGCAGACUGCAAGCACGCGCUGGAGAUGGACCCCCAGUCGGUCAAGGCCCACUUCUUCCUGGGCCAGUGUCACCUGGAGCUGGAGAACUACGAUGAGGCCAUCGGCAACCUGCAGAGAGCUUACAACCUGGCCAAGGAGCAACGGCUGAACUUUGGAGACGACAUCCCAAGUGCCCUGCGGCUCGCCAAAAAGAAGCGUUGGAACAGCAUCGAGGAGAAGCGUAUCAACCAGGAGAACGAGCUGCUUGCCUAUCUCACCAAACUCAUCCUGGCUGAGAAGGAGAGGGAAGUGGCAGAUUGCCAGGAAAACAAAGAGUCGGACAAUCCGAGUGGCAGCGGCGUCAUCAAGAUCAAAUCAAAACAUGACAAGUUCCUUAUGGACAUGGAGGAGCUCUUUUCACAAGUGGACGAGAAGAGAAAAAAGCGGGAGAUUCCUGACUACCUGUGUGGAAAGAUCAGCUUUGAGUUGAUGAGGGAGCCCUGCAUCACCCCCAGUGGGAUCACCUACGACCGCAAGGACAUUGAGGAGCAUCUACAGCGAGUGGGCCAUUUCGACCCGGUCACCCGGAGUCCUCUGACUCACGACCAGCUGAUCCCCAACCUGGCCAUGAAGGAGGUCAUCGACGCCUUUAUCCAGGAGAACGGUUGGGUGGAGGACUAUUGAACCCCCAUAACCCGAACCCCCUAUGGCUCGUAGAUCCACACGCCCCAGAGCUGAGAUCCACACCAGAAGUGUCAAGGAAAAAAAGGAAGUGACAGAAUUCACAAACUCCCUCCUGGACAUGCACUUUACACACAGGGGGGGGUCACACUAUGGACUGCAAAAUGACAGCCGUAUCUCGAGGUGAUUCUUCUCUCUUUCUGAAUCGGUGAAUCGGUCUCCUCUCUCUCCUCUCCUUCUCUCUCAAUCUGUCUAUCGCUUCCCUUCCUCUGAUAGUCCUCUCUCCCUCAGAAUUGGGGGCCAUGUUUCUCAGGUCUCUCUCUCUCCCCCUCUAUCUC